GUCCUACCACCUCCCCCUCCACGCUAUACCAUCCCUGUCGCUUAUGCGGCGGGGGCUGCGAACGGCAUGGCGGUUCCGGUAAUCGAGACGAAUAACACAAUCUCUCAUCCGGAAGGUGGAUGUCCACUGCAAGUAGGAGAAGGAACUUACACUCUCAAGGAUGACCUUCUGCUGGCUACACCACCUCCCCAUCCAUCUGAAGCACCAAUCAUUAACCCGAACCCGCUUGCGACGGUUCCCUCACCUCCAACUACUGGUGUCAAGGUUACUUUGGUCAGCCUCGAUCCGCGCAAGAAGCCGCCGACUUUCCUGAAGUCGGGCGUCACGGCCCCGCCAUUUGGAGAUGGAAAUGCCGCUCUCGCCGCGCCAGCCGUGCCAGCAAAGGACGCAGGCAAGCGACGAAAGCCCAAGAACAACAUUAUCAAGAGCAGCUCUUCAUUUGUCUCGCGGGUGAUCACGCACGAGACUUCAACAAAGCGCCUCAACGACCGCGACCCGAAUGGCGUCUUUGCCUUUGCCAACAUCAACCGGGCUUUCCAGUGGCUGGACCUUAGCUCUGCGCAGAAGGAGGAGCACCUAACCAAGGUGCUUUUCACGAAGGCACAUAUGCUUUGCCAUGAUAUCAACGAGAUGACCAAGACAUCCUCUCAUUUGGACAUUGUGAUGGGCUCCUCGGCUGGAGACAUUAUUUGGUACGAGCCCAUGUCCCAGAAGUACGCCCGUAUCAACAAGAACGGGGUCAUCAACAACACCCCUGUCACGAACAUCAAGUGGCUGCCUGGUUCCGAGAACCUAUUCCUGGCAUCGCACGCCAAUGGCGUCUUGGUAGUCUAUGAUAAGGAAAAGGAGGAUGCGCUGUUUACUCCCGAACCCGCCAGUCACCUCGAGAGAGACCCUGCCAAAUUGCCUCUGGAGAUUCUGAAGUCGGUCAAUUCGAAGAACCAGAAGACCAACCCGGUUUCUUUGUGGAAGCUCGCGAAUCAGCGAAUCUCGCAUUUCUCGUUCUCGCCGGAUCAGAGACAUUUGGCUGUUGUUUUGGACGACGGUUCCCUUCGUCUUAUGGACUACCUGAAAGAAGAGGUCUUGGACAUCUUCCGCAGUUACUACGGCGGUUUGAUUUGCGUCUGCUGGUCCCCUGAUGGCAAGUACAUAGUAACCGGAGGACAAGAUGAUCUGGUCACUAUCUGGUCCUUCCCCGAACGUAGAAUCGUUGCCAGAUGCCAGGGUCACAACUCCUGGGUUUCCGCAGUUGCCUUUGACCCAUGGCGCUGUGACCAAAAGACCUACCGGUUCGGCAGUGUCGGCGAUGACUGCCGUCUCUUGCUGUGGGAUUUCAGCGUCGGCAUGUUGCACCGACCCCGUGCUCAUCAUCAAGCAUCCACUCGUCAUCGCAGCAGUCUUGUUGUGCCGAGUACGCAGACAUCGAACCGUCAUCGGGCUGAUAGUGGUGCGAAUCGGAUGCGAUCCGACUCGGAUCGAACUGAGAAGUUUGAUGGGGAUCUGGACCCGAUGACCAGUCACCCAGUUGAGCCCCGUGCUCGGACUGCCCUUCUCCCUCCCAUCAUGUCUAAAAUCGUUGGAGAAGAUCCUACCUGCUGGCUCGGGUUCCAGAAAGAUUGCAUUAUGACAUCCUCUCUUGAAGGCCACAUCCGAACCUGGGACCGACCAAACGACAGUGUUGUCAAGCAGGAUCACCGCCUCUGA